AUUUUGUGACUCAAUCACAACAAAAAGCAUUGGACGAUGCUACUUAAGUUGGCAAACUCGUCUGCUUUUGACUUUCUUUUGGACAAAGACUUUCCAAUAACUUGAAGUCUGGCAGAUGUCAAUCAUCCACCAUCAUGAGUGACUGGUCGUACCUGUCCAAACUGCUGAACAAGGUCCAGGCUCAUUCCACUGUGGUGGGGAAGAUCUGGAUGAGCGUCCUCUUCCUGUUCAGGAUCUUCGUACUGGGAGCAGCUGCAGACAACGUUUGGGCAGAUGAAGUAUCUCAGUUUUACUGUGACUCCAAAGAGCCAGGAUGUCAGAACUCCUGCUAUAACUCCAUGUUCCCUAUGUCCUACGUGCAUUACUGGGUUCUGCAAAUCACCAUUGUGUCGACGCCCACCUUGGUCUACCUUGGCCAUGCCGUCCUCGUCAUCCACAGAGAGAAGAAAAGGAUGGAGCAGGAGCGGAGCAAAGCCAAUGGAAAUGUAGCGAUCAAAGCUAAAUACACAGAUGACCGAGGGAAGGUGAAGAUUCAAGGCAUCCUGUUUUACACAUACGUGACCCAGCUGGUGUUCAAGAUCAUCCUGGAGGUGGCCUUCACCGUUGGUCAAUUCUACGUCUUCGGCCCUCUUGUCAUUGUCUCCAGUUUCCAUUGCAAAAAAUGGCCACCCUGUGCUCACGACAUCGGUUCCAGGUGUUUCAUUUCUCGUCCCACCGAGAAGACUGUUUUCAUUUUCUUCAUGCUCGUAGUUACUGGUAUUUCUGUACUCCUCAACGUUGUCGAGAUUAUGUACCUGCUGUGCAACAAAAGGCAGAACAGGAAGAAACAACUGGCGGCUUUGCCUCAAGUGCUAACUGCAACGGCGUGCGCCACUGAGUCCACAUGGAGAGUCGUGGACAACCCGUACGGCGGAUACCCGUUGUUGCCUCUACCUGCUCACGGUAAAACAGACAUCAGCGGCGAUGACAGUCAUAUCCACGCCGAAUGAAGACCACACGGACCAUGCAAUGGAGGAUGUUUCUAAUAUGAACGUGCUCUCUAUUGAUUGUGUGAAAGAUAUUGUCAUGCAGUAGAACCUCUAAUCAUGAGUUUAUAUUAUAUAUUAUUAUAUUAUAUAAUAUAUAUCUAAUAAUAUAUCUCUGGGAAGAAGUACAUUUGAAACACUUCUAUGUUAGGACUACGUUAAAAAGCCAUAGCAUUUCAGUAUGUGGAAUCAAACUAUGGGAUGGAUUGAGUUAUAUUCUGAUGUGUAAUAUAAAGCCAUUAGGACCAUGUGAAUGAUACUUAUAUUUAAUUUUUGCGUUUUGCUGAUGGUUUAGGUGCUACUGAUAGGUGGAUUGAUCCAAAAGUUGAUCUUAUUGAAAUCUAAAUAUUGUGAAUGAACAUAUUCACAAAUCAAUAUCAAAUGAUAUUUGAAUGAACAUAUUAAAAGCGGGGCCCCACUUUUAGCCAUGUUUUAGCUCUGAAUGAAUGUUUUGAUAUUGUAUUUUAAUGCAUCUUUUACUCUGUUUUUACUCUACUCUAUUUUUAUUUCUUUUUCUUUACUGUAAAGUGUCUUUGGGUACUCUGAAAAGCGCUAUACAAAUAAAAUGUAUUAUUAUUAUUAUUAUUAUUGCUGAUGGUUUAGGUGCUACUGAUGGGUGGAUCGAUCCAAAAAUGUAUCUUAUUGAAACCAAAAUAUUAUGAAUGAACAUAUUUGAAUGAACAUAUUCACAAAUGAUAUUUACACAAAUAUAUACAUCAAUAUCAA